GAAAGAGAAAGUGGAUCUAAAUCUCAGCCGUUUAUCCAGAAUUCAAAUUAAAGUGAAUAUGAAGCCCGCGAAAACAAUUGACCUUCAUCUUCUCGUCAAUAUUUAGAGUUGGAACAGAAAAAGACCUACUUCUUCUCCUCAAUAUUUAGAGUUAGAACAGAAAAAACUCAUUACGAAGCAAAUUCAGUUGCAGAUUUCUCUAAUUUUUUCUCCAAUCGAAUAAGAACAAAAAUAUGGUUAUGAAAAAUGGAGAAGUAAAUGUCGAUGACAUUACUGAUUUGUAUGAGGAUGAUGAUGAGGAUGCUGAUUAUAACGCAGAAGAGAUCGAUGACAGUAAUGAGGAUGAUGCGGGGUAUGAGGAUGAGGAAUACGAUGACAAUCCUGAAAUCUGCAUAGGUAAGAUUUUUGAUACACCUCUUGGGGUAGCUGAAGCAUAUAAAAAAUAUGCAAAAUCAUUGGGUUUUGCUAUGAGGAAGAAAACCCAACGAAAGAAUACUCAGGGAAUUCUUAGAAGUGUCACUUAUAGCUGUAAUCGACAAGGAAAGUUCAAAUCCAGAUAUUUCAAACCUGCAAGACCUAGCAAGACGUACCGGUGUGGGUGGUUAGCUUCAGUUACUGCAAGAUUGAAUAACGACGACAAAUGGGAGGUAUCUCAAUUCUUUGUUAAGCACAAUCAUCCUAUUAAUGUUGAGAAUGCUCGACAUUAUCGUUGUCACGGGUUUAUUAGUCCACCGCAUCAAUCAAAACUCAAUUCACACAACAAUUCCUAUCCACCUUUGAUCGAAUCAUAUCCGUCUCUACAACCCAAAACAACAGUAAUUAAUCAUACAGAUGGUAGAACAGUGAAUCUAUUACUAGUAGAAGGUACAAUUUAGCAAGGCUACAAGUUUUAUUGACAAUUGUUCAUAACAAUACAAAAACAUAAAUAAAUAGCUUAAAAUCACCAUACCUUGCGAAUUGAAGCAUCUGCUAAAUCAAUAUGAAAAAUCUAAAGCAUCACCCCAAUUGCAUCUAUUUCCUGAAGCAGUUCCACUAUCGUCCUAAAAAUCGAAACAAAACCCAACUCUGUUUUUCUAUCUUAUUUCGAUGAAAGGAAAUAGAAUUCUUCAACUGUUGAUCAAAUUCUUCAAUGAACAGAGAAAGUUGCAGAGGCAUUUUUGGUUCAG